AUGAGCCAAUCCACUGAUGAAGAACUUAUGCAAAAUAAUGAACCUUUCAUAUUGAAUGAAGAGGUUAGCGAAUAUAGUGAAGAUGAACUACAUGAGGUCCAUCUUGAAGAUCUUUUCGGUUCCAGUGUUGAUAAGCACAAUGAGGAUCUCGUCACCAUGCCUUCCCAAAUAACAUAUGCUCAACCGAUUAAUUUGUAUAAUCCACCGGUUCACAUGUCAAACAUAUGUUUGGAGGCUUCUCAACCUAUCUCUAUUUUUGUGAACUACACACCAAACCAUAUUGGUGACAACUUAGAGAUAGGAAUGAGGUUUUAA